CAGCGGGGCUGCCGGCCAUUAGCUGCCCCACAGCACGACACAAGAUGCCGUCCGACGCCUGGACCGAGCAGGAGACCCAGCUCCUGAAACGGGCCGUGCGCGCCGUGCCCAGCGACCUCGAGAAGAACGAUAGGUGGCGGCAAGUGGCCGUGCUGGUCGGCGGCGGCCGCGGCAAGAAGGAGUGCUACGAGUACUGGAAGGCGCUGAACAAGACGAAGGCGGCGCCUGUGAUACGGCGGCCGCCUUCACCAAAGAAGCCCGAGCCGGCGCGGCGCCCGAAGGCCCAGACGGACCGCGUGCGCGCGCGCAAGGCGCGCGAGGAGGUGCUCGUCGUCGACAUCGACGAUUCGCCGCAGCGCGACGAAGGCAAAGAAAACUAUAGUGAGGACGAGUUCGAAGAGGAUAUCUCACAGCAACUGGAACGGUCGGCCAUCGGCGCGGCGACGUGGCGGCGCGCCGUGGGCCCCGGCGCGACGCUGGUGCAUCGGCGCGCCGACGAGCGCGCCGACGGCUACGACGAGCGCGACGAGCGGCCCGCCUACGACGACAGCGACGACGAGGGCCGGCGCGAUGUGAAGAGGCGGCCGCGUGGUAGUGAAAGGAGCGUGUCGAGGGACGAGGCCGUAUCAUUGAGAGAACUGCUGCUGGGCGACGCGAAACGAAAACCACCGUCCUCAUGGCUGAAACAGGGUUUCCGCUUCUGCGAUGCUCUCGAGGGCUGCGGUUAUGGGUUAGUCCAAAAACAGGGCGGCCCCUGCGGCGUCCUCGCGGCGGUCAACGCCGAGGCCGCGUCCGAGCUUAUCAGAUAUGAAGACUGGACGUCACCAUCAUCUGAGAGACGGGAAAGCGCCCUCGCGAAAGCCUUAGCACGCAUUGUGAGGAGGUGUUGCACGACCUCCAAAGCUUUGGUGUGUGUCCCGGGCGACAAACCGAAGGUAGAACGGUCCUCGACAUAUGCCCCGGAUGCGGUCACGGAGUGCUGCCGGGUCUGGACUGUUAGUACAGAUGAGAUCGAGACGCUGUUCAGCUACUUCAUCGAUGACUUCAUGGACAACGGUUGUUUGCUCGUACUCUACUCCUGUUUGUUAUCGAGAACGAUCGACGGCGUCCGGUCUGAUGGCGACGAAAGUACGUCAUUACUAGACCGGCACGGCUACGCGAACCAGUGCGCCGUCAAUCUAUUGCUCACGGGCCGGGCGACGUCGAACGUCUUCGAUGGGGACAAAAAAAUGGACGACCUUGUACUGCGAGGCGUCUCGGCGAGGAGCGACGUCGGCUUCCUGACGCUGCUGGAGGCCUACCAGCACUGUAGUGUGGGGCGGAACUUCAAGGAGCCCCGGAGUCGGGUCUGGGUCGUCUAUUCCGAAAGUCAUUAUUCGCUGCUGGUGGGUGAUCCGUCAUGCGAGACAGAUCUGCACUACUGGGACGGCCUCGCGAACCAGGACGAGGUCAUUCGGUUGACCGUGGAUGAGGAGUAUUACGAGGGGCGGGAGGUCCCAAACGUCAACGACGCUUCCUUGCUGAUCCCUCCUUUGGAUUUGGUCGUGCGGUCGCUCUACCCGCACGCGAAGGUCGACUGGAACGGCGCGGAGCCGAUCCUCUAGGGGCCUAAGGGGCGCU